CAGUCUCCGAUUUCCAUCAUAUCCUCCGCCUUCACUCCCAUCCCGCCCCCUGCGCAAACCACGCAAACACCCUAUCCUCACUCUACGAAUUAUCUACUUCGACAUCGUUUCCCUGACGUCAAGGGAGCUCCGCCAAGAUGGCGCUGGACGCGUACUACCACAACAAGAUCGAGGCUAUGAAGCUCGAGAUCCUCAAGGGUCAAGCUGCACUUCGCCGCCUCGAGGCUCAGAGAAACGACUACAACUCCCGCGUACGAUUGUUGAGAGAAGAGCUGGGUCUUCUGCAACAGCCUGGAUCCUAUGUCGGCGAGGUUGUCAAGGUGAUGAGUACUAAGAAGGUUCUCGUCAAGGUGCACCCAGAAGGCAAAUAUGUUGUCGAUGUAUCGGAUAGCGUCGAUAUCGGAAAGCUCACACCCGGAAAACGAGUCACUCUUUUGUCUGACAGCUACAAACUGGAAAAGAUGCUUCCAUCUUCGGUCGACCCUCUCGUCUCCCUCAUGAUGGUGGAGAAGGUUCCAGACAGCACAUACGACAUGAUUGGUGGUCUGGACCAACAGAUCAAGGAGAUCAAGGAAGUUAUCGAGCUUGGUCUCAAGCACCCCGAGCUUUUCGAGUCGCUCGGUAUUGCACAGCCCAAGGGAGUUCUGCUCUACGGUCCUCCCGGUACCGGAAAGACACUGCUGGCACGAGCCGUCGCCCAUCACACUGCCUGCAAGUUUAUUCGAGUGUCAGGUUCCGAGCUGGUACAAAAGUACAUUGGAGAGGGUAGCCGAAUGGUGCGAGAACUCUUCGUCAUGGCUCGAGAGCAUGCUCCUUCCAUCAUCUUCAUGGAUGAGAUUGACAGCAUUGGUUCUUCGCGAGUAGAGGGCUCUUCUGGAGGCGACUCGGAAGUGCAGCGAACCAUGCUUGAGCUGCUGAACCAGCUCGACGGCUUCGAGCCCACUAAGAACAUCAAGGUCAUCAUGGCCACCAACCGACUCGAUAUUCUCGACCCCGCCCUCCUUCGACCAGGACGUAUCGACCGCAAGAUUGAGUUCCCCCCACCUAGCGUCGAGGCUCGUGCGGAUAUUCUCCGAAUCCACAGCCGUAAGAUGAACCUGACCCGUGGCAUCAACCUCACCAAGAUUGCCGAGAAGAUGAACGGUUGCUCUGGUGCUGAGCUCAAGGGUGUGUGUACGGAGGCUGGCAUGUACGCUCUCCGUGAGAGGAGAGUUCACGUCACGCAGGAGGACUUUGAGCUUGCCACAGCAAAGAUCCUCAACAAGCACGACGACAAGGAGGUGUCGCUGGGCAAGCUCUGGAAGUAAAGAAAACGCAAGAGGAGGCGCCUUUUUCUAUCGAUCUAUCGCUAUUCUGUCUCUGCUGGUGGUACAUCUGCCGGGUCCGCAAUGGGGUCUGGUUAUUCAUAGAUGGGAUGGGACAUGGCAGCGGGAGGGAGUUGUAAGGAUAAUCAAUUGUACCAGCGGAAACAAUGAUAGCCAAGCGCAUUCGUG